UCGCAAUCGAGUGGCAUACUGGAAUGAAUAAUAAUUAUGUUGAAGCGUAUAGAAUUGCCUCCGACUACUACAGGGCGCACGUGCUUAAAGUUCCAUGUCGGACGUCCAUAUUGACGGGGAGGGCAUGGAUUUUGGAAUUGUAUAAUGGACACAGUGGCAUAUUUCGCUAUGAACUGUGCAUGCCCAAAGUCGUUUUUACCCGUUUAUGUGGCACACUAGUGAACGACUUCGGGUUGCAUGUACCUGAGCGGGACCACGGCUUGCACGUUGAGGAGAGUGUUGCAAUCUUCAUUCACGUCCUAAAAAACUUGCCUAACCGCGAGCUUCAAGAAAGAUUCCAACACUCCGGUGAAACAAUAUCACGUCAUUUUCAUAAUGUUCUGAAAGCAAUGAAAAAGUUUACCGUCGCGCACUGUCGGCCGCCCACAGAUUUCCAAAACAGGAGGGAUCCCCACCUGCAGAGCCAACCACAGUAUUUGCCGUUUAAGGAUUGUUUAGGUGCAUUGGAUGGGACACACGUGCCAGCGUACAUAAAGGAGUCCGAAGCAGCCCCGUAUUUUAGCCGAAAGGGUUGCCACACUCAAAAUAUUUUGGCAGUGUGUGAUUUCAAUAUGUGUUUCGUCUUUGUGUCAUGUGGUUAGGAGGGUAGCAUGCAUGACAGCCGGAUUUUAAACAUUGUGACCG